UAUAACAAUUUUAAACUACAUAAAGUCAAACAAAAUGCUUAAAAUACAACUUACCCAUUAUAAUGGUGUAAGAUUCUUGAGUGAUGUUGUAUUGUGCUUCGGUUUUCCACCAACACCCACCGAGAAAACAACCAUUCAACAGCAAAUAAAGAGAGUGGGACGGAUAGAGGGAAAUUUUUUCAUAAAUUUUUCAAUUUUUUUCUAGAGAGAGAGAGUGGUGCACGAGAGAGAGGGAAGAGGGAAGAGAGAGAGAGAGAAAUACCACUUUCAGAUUUUAGCUUUUUUUUUUUUUUUUAAAAAAAAAGGGUAAAAUGGGAAGUUCAUGUAAUUAAUGGACUAAAUUUGUACAAAUUAAGGAAGGGUAUAAAUUUUGAUAUGGCUUGUAUUAUUAGGGUCAAAAAUUGAAAUUUCCCUUACAUAAUAACCAACUAAGAAUUAGAGAUUCUACUCAAAUCCUCAACCUUGGUCUUUUACCUCCAAAGAAAAUCAAAUUCAAGAACUAAGACACAAUCAAUCAAUUACAUAUUAUUAAAUUUAAGACAAUAUUUUGUUCCAAAGUUAUUGGUUCAACUUCAACUAGUCAAAAUCCAAACAAAAUCAAUAAAAUAAAAUCACAUUGAUCUUGCCAUCUUUUGUUGAUAAAUGAUAUCAUGCCAUAUUAUUCACCAGAGUGUUUACUGCAACUCCUCCAAUGCUUCCCUAAACACCAAAACAAAGUUCAACAAAUUCACUCACUCCUUAUCAUAAAUGGUCAUCUUUUUCUCUCCAAAACCAAUCAUCACUUCAACUCAAAAUGGAAAAUUACUCUUCUUUACAAUGCUUUGAUCAGAGCCCAUUUGAGUUUUGGGCAAACUCACAACUCCUUAAUCCUCUUUACCCAAAUGCUUUUCCACCAAACUCAACCCAAUAGUCACACUUUUCCUUCUCUUGUCAAAGCUGCUUCUUUAUGUUCCUUGCCUUGUAUGGGAAAAGCCCUCCAUGCCCAAGCUUACAAGCGUGGGACUAUGUAUGAUCCAUUUGUCCCAACAUCGUUUGUGAGUUUUUAUGCAGAUUAUGGUGAACUAAGUUAUGUACGCAAGGUGUUUGAUGAAAUGUCUGAACCGUGCAUUGUUGGGUGCAAUGCUAUGAUUGAUGCUUAUUGCAAGAAUGGGGAUAUGGGUUCUGCUAUUUCCCUCUUUGAACGCAUGUCUGAAAGGGAUGUGGUUUCGUGGACGAGUGUUGUUAACGGGUUUAGAAUUAAUCAGCAGUUUCAUGAGGGGAUUCGAUUUUUCAAGAAGAUGAUUAGUUGCUCGGUGAAACCGAAUGAAGCCACGUAUGUUAGUUUGUUUUCUUUGUGUUCAACCUUGAAUGGUUGGGGAGCUCUUUAUCUGGGAAAGGAAAUACAUGGUCAUGUAGUAAGGAAUGAGAUUGAGUUGACUGUGUUCAUGGGCACUUCACUGAUAGAUUUUUAUGGCAAGUGUGGUUUACUUAAUGCUGCAACUAAUGUAUUUAAUCAAAUGACAGUUAAGAAGAUUUGCACUUGGAAUGCAAUGAUUUCUGCUCUUUCUACCAAUGGUCAGGUGAAAGAAGCUUUGGACUUGUUUCAGAAUUUGGAGAAGGAAGGAUUUACACCAAAUUGUGUAACUUUUGUUACGAUUCUCGCUGCUUGCGCUCGAGGUAAAUUUGUGGAGUAUGGCUUGAAGGUGUUUCAAUCAAUGUCAGCUGACUUUGGAGUUGUGCCAGUUAUGGAACACUAUGGAUGCAUUGUUGAUCUCUUGUGUAAAGCAGGACUUUUGAGGGAGGCAACUAUGUUUGUAAAAAAUAUGCCUUUUGAACCAGAUGCUUCUGUUUUGGGGGCUCUUUUUGGAGCUUAUACUAUUCAUGGAAUCAGUGAGUUGGAAAAUGAUGUACAAAAAAGAUUGCUUUGUAUGCAGCCACAACAACAUUCUGAACCAUACAUAAAUUUGUCAAAUAUAAAUGCUAAUAUGCAGAAAUGGGAUCAUGCUGCUGGUUUUAGAAGAAUGAUGUUACAUGCUAGUAUUCAAAAAAUUCCAGCAGUUAGUGUGAUUGUUUGAAAUUGAUUAUUUUUUAGUUAGAUUGUGGUAAAUAUCAUGCAAUUUCAAGCUCAGGAUAUUUGUUAUUGAGCUUCAUUGUAUUUUUUAUAUAUGAAAAAAAAAGGAAUUGAGAAAUUGUUUUGUUUUCUUUGGUUAUCUCAAUGUAGAGGGUCCAUUCAUGGCCAUGGCAAAAAAGUUGCAGAUCUCUAUUGAUAAAUGAUGGCAGAAGGACUUGAGCCAAAUGAAACCUCAUUUCGUAGCAUGGAAAGAGACCACAAACUCAGGCCUAUUGAUAACCACUAUGCCAGCUUCGUCGAUCUUCUAAGCCGAGCCAAGCCGUUCGUUUUGAAGAAGCUGAGACAUUGGUUAAACAAGUGGCUUUUGAACCUGUAAGUUAUUUUUUUUACCAAUAAUCAUUACGACUGGCUAUUGCAUUUGGGCUUUUAAGCACACCAGGAGCUGGAAGUUCAACUAGGAUUACCAAGAACUGAUUGUCAAUGGGAGUUGCUCUUGUAAUGAUUAUUUAUUGGGAUAUUGUUUUCUGUUGACUUCUCUUAUCAUAAAAAUCCAACAAAGCUUAUAUACAUGUAGAUAAUCAUUAGCCCAUAAUUUAGUUACCUGUAUAGAAAUAAGACAAAUGUCAAAUAUUUCUACUAACUGACUUUCAAUA